UUUAGCGCCAUCUGCUCGCGGCGCCGCCUCCUGCUCCUCCCGCUGCCGCUGCCGCCCUGAGUCACUGCCUGCGCAGCUCCGGCCGCCUGGCUCCCCAUACUAGUCGCCGAUAUUUGGAGUUCUUACAACAUGGCAGACAUUGACAACAAAGAACAGUCUGAACUUGAUCAAGAUUUGGAUGAUGUUGAAGAAGUAGAAGAAGAGGAAACUGGUGAAGAAACAAAAAUCAAAGCACGUCAGCUAACUGUUCAGAUGAUGCAAAAUCCUCAGAUUCUUGCAGCCCUUCAAGAAAGACUUGAUGGUCUGGUAGAAACACCAACAGGAUACAUUGAAAGCCUGCCUAGGGUAGUUAAAAGACGAGUGAAUGCUCUCAAAAACCUGCAAGUUAAAUGUGCACAGAUAGAAGCCAAAUUCUAUGAGGAAGUUCACGAUCUUGAAAGGAAGUAUGCUGUUCUCUAUCAGCCUCUAUUUGAUAAGCGAUUUGAAAUUAUUAAUGCAAUUUAUGAACCUACGGAAGAAGAGUGUGAAUGGAAACCAGAUGAAGAAGAUGAGAUUUCGAUUCCAGCUUCUUGUUUGGGUGAAUUUUCCACAGAGGAAUUGAAAGAAAAGGCCAAGAUUGAAGAUGAGAAAAAGGAUGAAGAAAAAGAAGACCCCAAAGGAAUUCCUGAAUUUUGGUUAACUGUUUUUAAGAAUGUUGACUUGCUCAGUGAUAUGGUUCAGGAACACGAUGAACCUAUUCUGAAGCACUUGAAAGAUAUUAAAGUGAAGUUCUCAGAUGCUGGCCAGCCUAUGAGUUUUGUCUUAGAAUUUCACUUUGAACCCAAUGAAUAUUUUACAAAUGAAGUGCUGACAAAGACAUACAGGAUGAGGUCAGAACCAGAUGAUUCUGAUCCUUUUUCUUUUGAUGGACCAGAAAUUAUGGGUUGUACAGGGUGCCAGAUAGAUUGGAAAAAAGGAAAGAAUGUCACUUUGAAAACUAUUAAGAAGAAGCAGAAACACAAGGGACGUGGGACAGUUCGUACUGUGACUAAAACAGUUUCCAAUGACUCUUUCUUUAACUUUUUUGCCCCUCCUGAAGUUCCUGAGAGUGGAGAUCUGGAUGAUGAUGCUGAAGCUAUCCUUGCUGCAGACUUUGAAAUUGGUCACUUUUUACGUGAGCGUAUAAUCCCAAGAUCAGUGUUAUAUUUUACUGGAGAAGCUAUUGAAGAUGAUGAUGAUGAUUAUGAUGAAGAAGGUGAAGAAGCGGAUGAGGAAGGGGAAGAAGAAGGAGAUGAGGAAAAUGAUCCAGACUAUGACCCAAAGAAGGAUCAAAACCCAGCAGAGUGCAAGCAGCAGUGAAGCAGGAUGUAUGUGGCCUUGAGGAUAACCUGCACUGUAAUAGCCUAAACACAACUCUUAUUUACUUACAGCCUUAUGUUUUUGUAUUUUCUUGGUAGACUAGGUAAUUUUUUUUUGAAGGACAGGAAACUGAUAUUUUAAAGACCAAUUUGUUCUACCUAGCAUUUUAACUAGUUUUUCUGCCAGAUAUGUUGAAUGCACAAAUUCUGUCACGCAUGUUCAUUCAUUGCUACAUAAUUUGGUUCUUCUGGAAUAUUUUUAUGUAGCUCUUGGAGUACAGCUAUGAAAAUUAACAACUGUUAAAGGAAAUACCUUUUUUUUGUCGUAAUUUUUUCCUUGAAGAACCAAAGUAUUUUUUCAGCUGGUUGUUGAAUAGGGUUAAGUCCGCUUGGAUUAGCUGUGCCUUUCAUUACUUUGUUACAGAAAUGCAGUGACUUAUACUAAGACAAUUUAUGGUUUAAAAAAAAUUGGCAAGACAACUAUAUGGUUAAGAAUUUCCAGUAUGACCACACCCAAUAACUGUAUUAGAGUGUUAAUGGAUUAUUGUGUUUUAGGUGACAUAGUUAACUGUAAAGUAACCUGACUCAGUAUAGUUACUGGUACCACAGUGAGGUGAAUAAAACGGGAUUUUCAGAAGUUAGCCUGAAUUUAACUGUAUUUUUAAAUUUAACCUCCAUUAACUAAGCAUCUUUUCUUUGUGGUAGGGUCUACCUUCUGCUUCCCUGGAAAGGAUGAAUUUACAUCAUUUGACAAGCCUAUUUUCAAGUUAUUUGUUGUUUGUUUGCUUGUUUUUGUUUUUGCAGCUAAAAUAAAAAUUUCAAAUACAAUUUUAGUUCUUACAAGAUAAUGUCUUAAUUUUGUACCAAUUCAGGUAGAAGCAGAGGCCUACCUUGAAUUAAGGGUUAUACUCAGUUUUUACCACAUUGUUGAAGAAAAGGUACCAGCUUUGGAACGAGAUGCUAUACUAAUAAGCAAGUGUAAAAAAAAAAAAAAAGGAAGAAAAUCUUAAGUGAUUGAUGCUGUUUUCUUUUAAAAAAAAAAAGUUAAAGUUCAUUUUCUUUGGGUUAGAGCUAGAGAGAAGGCCCCAAGCUUCUAUGGUUUCUUCUAAUUCUUACUGCUUAAAGUAUGAGUAUGUCACUUACCCGUGCUUCUGUUUACUGUGUAAUUAAAAUGGGUAGUACUGUUUACCUAACUACCUCAUGGAUGUGUUAAGGCAUAUUGAGUUAAAUCUCAUAUAAUGUUUCUCAAUCUUGUUAAAAGCUCAAUUUUGGGCCUAUUUGUAAUGCCAGUGUGACACUCAGCAUUUUGUUCACACCACGCUUUGAUAACUAAACUGGAAAACAAAGGUGUUAAGUACCUCUGUUCUGGAUCUGGGCAGUCAGCACUCUUUUUAGAUCUUUGUGUGGCUCCUAUUUUUAUAGAAGUGGAUGGAUGCACUGUUUCACAAGGUCCAAGAUUUGUUUUCAGAUAUUUUUGAUGACUGUAUUGUAAAUACUACAGGGAUAGCACUAUAGUAUUGUAGUCAUGAGACUUAAAGUGGAAAUAAGACUAUUUUUGACAAAAGAUGCCAUUAAAUUUCAGACUGUAGAGCCACAUUUACAAUACCUCAGGCUAAUUACUGUUAAUUUUGGGGUUGAACUUUUUUUUUUGACGACAGUGAGGGUGGAUUAUUGGAUUGUCAUUAGAGGAAGGUCUAGAUUUCCUGCUCUUAAUAAAAUUACAUUGAAUUGAUUUUUAGAGGUAAUGAAAACUUCCUUUCUGAGAAGUUAGUGUUAAGGUCUUGGAAUGUGAACACAUUGUUUGUAGUGCUAUCCAUUCCUCUCCUGAGAUUUUAACUUACUACUGGAAAUCCUUAACCAAUUAUAAUAGCUUUUUUCUUUAUUUUCAAAAUGAUUUCCUUUGCUUUGAUUAGACACUAUGUGCUUUUUUUUAACCAUAGUUCAUCGAAAUGCAGCUUUUUCUGAACUUCAAAGAUAGAAUCCCAUUUUUAAUGAACUGAAGUAGCAAAAUCAUCUUUUUCAUUCUUUAGGAAAUAGCUAUUGCCAAAGUGAAGGUGUAGAUAAUACCUAGUCUUGUUACAUAAAGGGGAUGUGGUUUGCAGAAGAAUUUUCUUUAUAAAAUUGAAGUUUUAAGGGACGUCAGUGUUAAUGCCAUUUUUCCAGUUCCAAAAUGAUUCCAUUCCAUUCUAGAAAUUUGAAGUAUGUAACCUGAAAUCCUUAAUAAAAUUUGGAUUUAAUUUUAUAAAA